AUGCAGUCAAAGUCUCUGCACGAAAUCGAGUUGUGGGAAGUGCAACUGUUACAACUUCAAAGUGAUUUAACAAAACGGGAGUUAGCGGUCGAGCGCAGAGAGAAACUUGUUGAAGAAAAAGAAUUCGAAUUGAAGAAACAAGAAGCUUCGCUCAAACAAAAGUCAAUAGAAUUUAAUGAACUUUUGGAGCUCCAAGGCUUAACUCCUCAAGUCGAAAUUCAAUCAAAGAAAAUGGAUACCAAAACCUCUUUACCACAACAAAUAAAAGAGGUUGAUACUCAACCUUUAACUAAGCAAAUGUCUCUAUUGCCAGAAUCAUCUCUUCAACCAAAAGAAACUAUAGUUAAUAAUUCCGAAACUAUUAAAAAACCUAAUACUCUUCCUGCUCAAAAUGUUCCCAUGGAACAACAAGACGAUGACGACCCAGAGUUCACGGUUCCUGAAAUAGAUUGUCCGGAUGAUAUGAUACAAGGUUCAGUAUUAUAUCCUUACCAAAAUUGUUACGACCAACAAAAUUUCAAUUAUGUGAAUCCACAAAGUCAAUACUUUAAAAAUGUACCAAUUGAACCACCUCAAGUUCAACCUAAUGGUGUGCUCCAUUCUUUUGAACAACCAAAAAUUGUCAAUAAUGAGAUCCCAUCCCCAAUUCCUCUUGCUUCUGUUGAUCUUCAUGAGUCUAAAGACGAAGACCAAGAGAAAGGUGUUCAUCCAAUAGAAAAUCAAGUGCAGUCACCCUUGCCUACUCAACUUUCUACUAUCGAGAAUAAAAAAGAGAUGCAUGUCGAACAGACUCAACUUGAAACUAAAUUAAAUAGUAAUAUACCUAUACAAAAUACUAUUCCAAAUCCACAAUCAGGACUUACUAUAACUACUACUCAGAACGAUACUUCAAUCAUUAAAUUAAAUAAAUUAACUAUUCCAAAUACUAAUCCCGUCUCAUUAAACAAAGACCAACUUCAAACUAUACCAAAUAACAAAACAACUAUUCAAAGUACUAUACCAACUCCAGUGACUGAGAAAAAGGAGCCAACGAGUAACCAAGAGCUCCAAGGCUUUGUUCCUUUGGACAUCAAAAAACAACCAAAGACAACAACAGAAACUGUCCUCUCCUUGUUUGGAUCACAAGCUGUCCGAAGGGGUACCGAGAAACAGUAUCUAAGUCCUGAACCUCCUCGAGGAGAAGGCACACAAACAGUAAAGAAGACAAAGACCCGGUACACUAUGAUGGGACAACCCUUGUGUUCAUAUCCCAAUUGUAAUAAAACGACAUCUUUAUCUCCCGAAGAGUUUUGUGUCUGUUCGAUCUGCCAUGUAGCGUAUUGUGUAGAACAUAAGAGUGAAUUAGAAAUAGUUAUACCGACAUAUAAAAGUCUGAUGAGUAAGAAACAGGCGCUAAAGCCUUACGUGUUAUGUAAAGAGUGCAAACAACUGUACAACGAGAAUGAGAACCAGCACAUUGGGGAAACUAAGGAUUAUACACUGCAAUUUUUUGAAAAGAGGAAAAGUGCGUUGGAGGCGGUGAAAAGUGACGAAAUGGUGAUGACUAAAGGCCUUGAAAAUUUUUUGAAUAAAAAACCUUCGAAAACAAAUUUUUUGUUUGCAAGAAAAGAGGUCGGAGUUAAUCAAGUCUGUCCCGUCUGUGAUAUUUAUAUGAAUGGUGGAGAUUAUAUGAAUGUGACGUGUGAGGUGUGCUUGAGAAAGUGUUGUAUUGGUUGUAGUCUUCACACAACUAUUGCCCCAACUUUAAUUAUGGGGAUUAUGGACCCAACGCCCGAAUACGUCAAAAUCGUGUUAUGCAAAAAAUGUUAUUUGGCCACUAGAAGAAAAAGUGAAAAAACUCGAAGAGAAGCAAAAAAUCAUGAAUUUUCGGGCGUAUUUGAUUCAAAAAGUCAAGACGAAGCAAAAAAAGUCACAAGCUGCCUCAACGAGAUCGAAGAGAUCGUUGAUAAAUUAAAAGAUAAAGACGACUUAAAACGGUUUGACGAGAAAGAAAAUGAAUACGUCAAAGAACUUGAAAUUAUGACAAAUGAACUCAUUAUUAUGAAGAAAAAGGCUGAAACACUCGACAAAGACUCAAAAACUGUUAUGAAUAAUAUGAUUGCAGCAUGUUCUGUCUGUGUUGAAGAGUGUACCACUAAACACGCCAAUGUAUUUGCAAGAUACAAAUCAAAAAUUAAAAAUUUGAAAUGA